CCUACUCGAAUCGUCGUGGUCGUCGACGGCGUGGCAGUGUACCGAUGUGUCGCGGUUAUACAGUCACCACAGCCCUGCUCCAUCCCGCUGCUGCUGCUGUCCGCUGCGGCCUGCAGGCCUUGCGGUUGGUUGCGGGAGCGGAGGGGCUGCUGCACCGGUUCCGAGGGUGGGAGGUGCUGUCCUGGCGGCCGCAAGCAGAGGCCAAUCUGGUCGUGCUCACACUGCGCUGCCCCCAGCCGGCUGGCAGACCUCGGGAGGAUCCCGACCUCCCAGCAACCUGGUCGCUGCCCCCACCGCUGCCUCGCCACCUCGCCCACCCGCACUCACCUGUAACAGCUGACCGCCGGCCGGAGCCCCUCAGCGCCUUGGGCCUCCACCGCCCGGCUGCAGCCGCCGGCGCCGGCGUCCCCACCAACCUGCCACGGCGCAUCCCCAACAGGGCCGACCCCGACCUACAACAACCCCUGCAGUGCGGCCCUUGCAUCGACCUCUCCC